AGUUAGCCUAUCACAGCUCAAGACUGGUCCCUUUGUUACCCUAUCACAGCUCAGGACUGGUCCUUCAUUAACCAAAGCCUAUCACAGCUCAGGACUGGUCCUUCAUUAACCAAAGCCUAUCACAGCUCAGGACUGGUCCCUUCGCUAGCCAGUUAGCCUAUCACCUGUGAGGUUACUGAGACCAGGACCAGACCAGCAGCAUGGAGGCUAGUCAGGGCCACGGCCAGGGCAGCCCAGAGAGCCCUAACCGGGCCGUGGAGUACCUCUUGGAGCUCAACAACAUCAUAGAGAGCCAGCAGAAGCUCCUGGAGAUCCAGAAACACCGUAUCGAUGAGCUGGAGGUUCAAUUAGACCGGCUGGCCCAGGAGAAUAAAGACCUACGUCUCGACCGGCAACGACCUUUACCCCCUGAACCGCCACCCUGCCCCCCGCCACCACCUGCCACCAAAACCAACACAGCCAUACCCUCCGUACCAGUCCGCCCUGUUCAGACCCAGUCUUAUAGUCGUACCAGUACCAACACGACAGCCAUACCGACCCCUAACCCCACAGCCCUUCCACCCCCACCCCCAGUGCCUGUACGGGAUCAACGCAAACCUCAAACCCCCAAGACCCCACGCCGUACCCCCCACACGCCCCAAACCCCCAAACGUACUCCAGUCACCACCCAGACCCCCCGCACUCCGCAGACCCCCAAACGAACCCCAGUCACCACCCAGACCCCCCGCACCCCACAGACCCCCAAACGGACACCCCACACACGGCUGACGCGAACCAUCUCGACCGGGACAGGGACCAGCUUCGUGGAGAUGGAGAAAGAGAGACUGGAGAGGAUGGAGGAAGAGAGGACAGAGAGACUUCACAGCUCCACCUUGGGAAACCCCACCAGCCACCACCACAGCCACAGACAGUCAGACGGACACUUCAACAAAGACAGGUCACCACCUUAUUCCGCUUGUUGUGCUACUUCUUCUCGUUCCAAUCCACCUUCCACCACCACCGUCACUCCUCCUGUUCCUAGUCCUACCUCCUCCCUCCACAGCAGUCUGACAGCUAACAGUCAGUCCAGCUCCACCCUCCACCAGUACUGUUGCCCUGCCCGGCUGCUCCUGCCCAAGCCGCAUUGCGCCCUCUCCUCAUCCAGGCACUCCGACCAGCCAAGAGAUGAAGAAGACGAUGACAUCGCCCAUCAGUUCUGUUGCCCCGCCUCCGAGUGCAGUAGCCCGUCCUCUAGCCUGGACAGUGUCCGAAGAGGAUUCACGUACAGCCACCAGCCAGGUCAACUAAUGAUGAAGAGAUAAUGAGGGAAAAGAAGAAAAAAAAAGAAAAAUAACCUUUCAGAUUUUUUCUCUCGCAUAUAUAUAUAUAUAUCUACGUCCUUUAUACUGUCCUCUAGUGUCUGUAUGAUGUCUCUCUUUAAUCCUUUAAAUCUCACUCCUUCUUGUCCUUUA